AUGGCCGCUCAGCCAUCCACGUUCACGCCCACCGCGGCCGGCGCGACAGCAUCCUCUUCGGCCUCCACAUCCGCGUCCGCCGCCAACGAUCACGAUGGCACGCCCCAAUCGGCCGCGGCCAAGGCGCUUCCCGUUCGUAACAGGGACUCGUUCAACAAGCUUCAGGUCGAGCGCUACGUUACGCGCGAUUGGUAUCACUCCGUCGCGAUGAAGGAUGCCCAGGAGCGCUUCGAGAAGGACAUGCAGCAGAUGAGGGAUAAGAUCGAUGACUACAACAUCGUCAAGACCCAGCGCGUAUACUUCCCUCCGAGCAAGCUGUACGGCGAAGGGUACCGUGGCUUCGGGAACGGCUACACCGACAUCGAUCCCCGUAUGAGAGCGCCAUUUCCAGCCCAGGUCAUUUACCCGAGCCAGAAGCCGCGGCCGGGAAAACGCCAGUCGCAUCCCCUACGAUGGAAGAAGAAGGAGCUGAAGAAACAGGCGGAGCAGCACGAAGAGCUCGUGCCGGUACGAAUUGACGUUGAUUGGGAGAAGAUCAAGCUACGCGACACCUUCACCUGGAACCUACACGACAGGAUAAUCCCGGCCGAGCUUUUUGCGCAGCACCUCGUCGAAGAUUUGGGCGUCCCUCUGGAUGCCCAGCACAAACCCGUCCUCGACCAGGUCAUCCUGCAGAUGCGCGACCAGCUCAACGACUUUUACCCCCUGGUCUUCUCAGAAGAGGACGCGCUCGACCCGGAGCUGCCCUAUUCUGCCUACAAAAAUGACGAGAUGAGGGUAUUGAUCAAGCUCAACGUCACCAUCGGCGGUGUGACCUUGGUCGACCAGUUCGAGUGGGAUAUCAACAAUCCUCUAAACUCUCCAGAGGAAUUCGCCGCCUCCAUGACUCGCGACAUGGCGCUGUCUGGCGAGUUCACCACGGCCAUCGCACAUAGCAUUCGAGAGCAAUGUCAAUUGUUCACACGAAGCUUGUACAGUGUUGGGCAUCCCUUCGAUGGCCGCCCAGUUGAAGACCCCGAUCUAGUCGCCGCCUUUCUACCUUCUCCACUACCGUCCGUCUUCAGACCCCAGCAGCAGGCCAAGGACUAUGCGCCAUAUCUGUACGAGCUCAGCGACGCCGAUUUGGAACGAAACGAGGUCAUCUUCUCCCGAGAACUGCGGCGCCAAAAGCGCUCCAUCAACCGUCGCGGCGGCCCCCAACUUCCAGACCUCAAAGAAAGACAGCGCACAAUCAGGACGCUCCUGGUUUCAUCCGUGCUUCCAGGAGCCGCCCCCAACAUUGAAGAGAGCACAUUGUAUAAGCGCGUUGCUGGUGCGCCGAACACCCGCAAGCGGCCGGGAGCCCGCGACGGCGAGGUUUCCGAUUCCGACGACAGCGAAGACUCUGGGCCGGAUUCGCCGGGCGUCUCCCAACUCGGCGGUGGCACGGCCAGGACCAGAGGACUUCGCGGGGCUGCAAGCGCUGCUCAGCAGAGGAUUACGAAUCUCGGCCGCUCAGAAACCCCCGAGGCGAGCAUCAUUCACCACCACGAGACUCGCAGAAACAUUGGCCGCACGCUGCGUGACACUCGCGACGAGACUGAGGAGCCUAGCCAGCUGAUUGUCACACUGAAAGUGGGCAAGGACAAGCUAAGGAGACUACUCCAAACCCCGAGAUCAAGGGUUACGCCGAGCGGAUCACAGACACCCUCUACACCCGCACACACCCGCAUACCCAGCGCUGCUGCUGCGGCUGCGGCGGCGAACUCGAUGCCUCCGCCGUCUACGCCAGCUUCCAACAGCCAAACGCUUCCCACCACGCUUGGCACGCCUCUUCCUCAGGGCCAGAUCGGUCGACAACCUGCACCGCCACCCGUUGCUGGUCAACCACCACCACCUCCGCCUCCGCCACCUGAAUGGCUCAAGGACUGCUUGCAGCAGCUCAAGAAUACCUACACCUUUGACAACUUUGAGGGCAUGAUGAAGUAUUCAGCCAUCAAUCCGGACACUGAGAUGCCCAUAUCCGUACCCGCAGGAUCACAGCCACCAGAGGGGGCCAAAUGGAUGUUCCUUCCGCGCAUUCGUUGUCUUGACUGUCCUGGCAAGCUAUAUACCCCUGGCCCUGAGAUGACAGCCGGCAACUUCGAGGUCCAUCUGCGUAACAAGCAGCAUCGUCAGAAGGUGGAUGCCAGAGUGGGCAAGGACACGUCACCCGCUGCUAUCGGAACAUCAUAG